AUGGCGGCGCGGCCGUGGCCGCUGCUGCUGCUGCUGCUGCUGGCGGGGCCGGACCGCGGCCCGGGCGGCUCCUCCGGGGGGCUCCGCCUGGGCCUCGGGCCCGGCCCGGCCGCCGGGUAUUUCCCUGAGGAGCGCUGGAACCCGGAGUCGCCGCUGCGGCCGCCGCGCGUGGCCGUGGCGCUUCUGGCGCGGAACGCGGCCCAUGCGCUGCCGCUGGUGCUGGGAGGGCUGGAGAGGCUGAGGCACCCCAAGGACAGGAUGGCGCUGUGGGUGGCCGUUGACCACAGCGUGGACAACACGUCGGCUCUGCUGGCCGAGUGGCUGGGCCGGGUGCGGGGCCGCUACCACCGCGUGCUCUGGAGGCACCAGGAGGAGCCCACGUCUUUCCCCGACGAGGAGGGGCCCAAGCACUGGAGCCCCGCCCGCUACGAGCACGUGAUGAGGCUGCGCCAGGAGGCCCUGGAGGCCGCCCGGGCCAUGUGGGCCGAUUACCUGCUGUUCCUGGACGCUGACAAUGUCCUGGUGAACCCGGACACGCUGGCCGUGCUGGUGGCCGAGAACAGAACCGUGGUGGCCCCGAUGCUCGACUCGCGCGCCGCCUACUCCAACUUCUGGUGUGGCAUCACCCCCCAGGGCUAUUACCGCCGCACUCCCGCCUACCUGCCGAUCCGGCGCCGGGAGCGCCGGGGCUGCUUUGCGGUGCCCAUGGUUCACUCCACGUUCCUGCUGGAUCUGCGCCGGGAGCGCUCCGGCAGCCUGGCCUUCCACCCGCCCCCGCCCGGCUACAGCGGCGCCUUCGACGACAUCAUCGUCUUCGCCGCCGCCUGCCGGCACGCCGGGGUGCAGAUGUUCGUGACCAACCGGGAGCAGUUCGGGUUCCUGCCGGUGCCGCUGCGCUCCCAGAGCUCCCUGCGGGACGAGGCCGAGAACUUCCUGCACGUCCAGCUGGAGAUCAUGGUGAAGCUCCCUCCGGCCGAGCCCUCCCCCCACGUGUGGGUCCCUCCCAAGGUCCUGGACAAGAUGGGAUUCGAUGAGCCCAUUCCCAAUCCCAUUUUUCCCCCCUGGCAUUCCCAGAUCUCGGAGCGGGGCCUGCGGCGCUCGCUGGUGUUCGAGGACGAUCUGCGCUUCGAGGUUUUCUUCCGCAGCCGCCUCAGCGAGCUGAUGGAGCAGCUGGACGAGAGCGGCAUGGCCUGGGACCUCAUGUGA